AUGAUAUCACCGUCGUUAUCCACGCAAACGUCUGGUUUAUGUACACUUCUACCUCCUCCACCGGCACCGCCAUUCGAUCAUCAAUCAUCGGCAUCAUCGUUGUUGAUUCCCCAAUUCAAUCCAUCUCUGCCUGAACCGACAUUUGUGAAUUCGUCCAUAUAUUUAGCCGACUCAUCACUUCAACCACCUCCCGCACCCCCUUCCCAACCGCAAACGUUACUAUCGUUUUCAACCCCAUCAUCGGUGCUUCAAACAACUCCCGGUUCAACUCAUAUCACCUCACAACUGCAACAAAACACCAACUAUUUCAUUAAUUGUGAAGGAAACGGAUCAGCAAUUAACACAGUCACAACACCGCAAUCCGUGUAUUGGUCAGCUGGUGGAGCAUUUUAUGAGAACGUGAAUGGUUUUGGUGGUGCGAAUAGUUAUGUGAAUAUUAUGAAUGAAUCUGUUCGUAAUAACGUGAACGCUUACGAUUCAGAGACGUUUUGUGCUGGUGUGCGUGAGUCAACAUUGGCGAAUGAUCAACCACCAUCAGCACAAUCUCAGAUGCCUACCUCAUCGUUUAUCUCGUCCGUAGAGUCGAACCUAGAAAGUGGUAAUCAGCUUUACAGCAAUUUGAUCGAUCCUCCGCCACCACCUCCUCCAUUCAUAAUUGAAUAUGCACCGGGUGACCGCGCUAUGUACGAUGGACAGGAUGCUGACCAAGGUGAUAAUCUUGGUGAUAAUCAUGAUCAUGAAGAGAUGGAUUGUAGUGAUGAUGAAAUGGUGGAGAAUAAUCAAGAAUCAUCGUUGCAAUCGGACAAGGAACGACACCUCAUUAAUCAGCAUUCCAUUACCUCUCAAGUAGAAUUGCAGCCGCCACGUGAUUGUUCACAAAAUUCUUCGAGUGAGUCCAAAAAAGAUCAAGACAAUAAAGAAGCACUACUGACGUGUCGAUCUCAGUUCAAAGGUAUUCUUUAUAAAUUGCCCAAAAAUAGCAGUCGUCCACAAACGUCAGAAGGAAGGACGUUCCCACUGAAAUCACAUAACAAUCUUAUCUUCAUGGAUGAUUACGCAGACACAUAUGAAAAGAAGGAUCGUGAAUCAGUGUUUGCCGUAUCGAAUGUGUUAUCAACGUUAAGACGAGACAAGAAAGUGACAUCAAAACAGCCCUUACCCAUACCUCAAUCGUCAUCAGUUAUCGUGCGAACAGCCACCAAAUUAAUUCGCAAAACAGCAUCUGCAAUUGCGUUUCAUCCCCAUCAGUCAUCAGACAAUAAUAAUCAGCUAUCAUCUAACAAUUCUACAAAACUGCUCAAUAAAACUUCUACAGUGAAUGAUACAUCCCUGUCACAGUCAUCGUUAGUGUCGAAUCAGCCCGCGAAGAACUCAUUUGCAGUCGGUCAGCAGUUGCCUCACCUAACAAAAGUUGCAUCUUUAUCAUCCCCACAAAAUGCGUCAGGAGGUGAGCAAGUAUCGCCAUUGAAACAGUUCGGUUCAUUGAAACUCCAGAAAGCACCGUCAAAUGUUACUCUGAAGAGAGUGUACAGCAGUGGUACGUUAUCGAGGAAUGGUAUGUCGUGGCGAAGGAGAAGGACAAAUGAAGGACUCGAUGAUGCGGCAGAGGCAGUCAACGAUGUACAAAAUGCUAAGAUCAAUCGACGUUUACUGCGCAUUAACGAUCGACUGUUCACUGAGGACUCAAACGCUUGUUAUGAGUUCGCAGAGCGUGGUGAAUGUUCGGCGGGUGUAUUCUGCAUAUACGAUCACGAUGAUAGCAACGCACAUCGAAAUGAGACUCUUUGUUCUGCGCUUCUAUGUGGUCGAUGUCGCGAUGUGAAUUGUCCGUACAGUCAUAACUUAAAUGAACAUCAACUUCCAAUUUGUGAUUACUUCGAGCGUAUGGUGUGCACAAUUGAGCACUGUCCAUUCCUGCACGUCAAAUAUAAUGCUUCCUUGAAACCGUGUGAAAAAUUCCAGCGGGGGAUUUGCAAACUCGGGUCCGAUUGCUCAAAUCCUCACCGUUACUAUAGAGGUCUGAUUAGAAAGAGAGGUGUACCACUCAUUAUGGGCAAACGGCUGAAACCGCGACAUAGUUCUGCUGCGCGCAAGGCUGUUACGGAACAAGGAGAGGAUUUAAACGAGUCGAAGGAUGAUGACAGUGUAUUGCUGUGGAUCACGUGA